AUGUCGCGUCAAUAUUUCAACGAUUCUUAUGGACCAUCUCGUCGUCACGUGACUAUUCAAUCUCAACAACCAUUGGAUAGUUUAUCAAGACGAAAUGUACCUCCAACAUCAAGUGAUUUUGCGUUUCAAUCUACUUUUCAACCAAAUCGUGAGAGAAAUCCUCUCCAGCCUCCUCCAUCUCCUUAUUAUUAUCAAGGGGAAUAUUCUCAUUUCGACGGAUAUCCAAAUUCGAUAAGAUCAUCAUCUAAUCAGAUGAACAAUUCAUCGAAUGAUCGACCGCACCAACAAUAUCGAUUGGAAGCUCCAUCUACUCUUUCACACGCACGAUAUCCUCAAUUGUAUCCUGAUGAUGAUCAGGAGCUUUUCCGUUCAUCUGAUCGACAUUAUUUUAAAAAUCAACAACCAUCGACAAACCAUUCCUCGGCUUCUCAAUCACGUCGUUAUGAUCAAGAUUAUCCAAGAUAUGAAAGGAAUGCUCAUCAAAAUGAGCCAAGAUAUGAAAGGAAUGGCCAUCAUAAUGAACCAAGAUAUGAAAGGAAUGGUCAUCAAAAUGAACCAAGAUAUGAAAGGAAUGGUCAUCAAAAUGAUCCAAGAUAUGAAAGGAAUGUUCACCAAAAUGAACCAAGAUAUGAAAGGAAUGCUCGUCAAAAUGAUCCAAGACAUCAUAGAGAAGAAACUUAUCCUUCUCAAUCCCAUCUACUACAUUCAAAUCAUCAAUCGGCAGAUCUUCCAUCAGCACGUCAACGUUCGAAUCCCGUUCGAUCUCUUGAUCACCCUUCAUCGUCCUCACAUACUGUGCCAGUUCACCGGUCUUCUCAUCAUCAAAUGCCAUUAUCUUCACAAUCAUCUACGGCAAUACAACUCCAUAAUCCGACUUCUCUUCUAACUCAUUUUCUUCAAAGUUUUUUUGGCGGACGUACUCCAUCAUUCGAUGAUGAUGAUGAUGACGAUGAUCAUUCACCUUCGGUUCCGAUUGAUAUGAUUGCUUUUGCAUGGAUGACGCAAGAUCCCGAUGUUCUUGCUGUUCCUGCUGCUGUUCACAUUCGAUUUGGUGAUCUACUCGAAUUACUUGCUCUUGGUGAAACACCAUCCGUUGGUCUAUCUGACAGUGAUAUUAAGCGUAUACCAACGAUGACAUAUAAAAAACCAAGGAAAUCGAAAUCUACCGAUGAUAAAUGUACGAUUUGUUUAAGUGAAUAUAAAACUGGUGAAACUGUGAAACGUUUACGAUGUAAACAUAUCUUUCAUCCCGAAUGUAUUGACCCAUGGUUAAAGGUAUUUGAUGAAGAAACUCUGCUUUGUAAUUGA